GUCAGGCUGUUGCUGGUUGCCUGGCCGGAGACGCCAUUGCUGUUUGAAAAGCGAAAGCUGCGAAAGGCUGAAGGAGAAGUGCCAUCCUCAAACAGGGCGGCUUCACUCCGCCGUUCUGGAGUUUUUUUUAACCUUUCCUGACAGGAUUGAAUAGGGUUAAUUUCACUCAGACUAGAGGAGGAGGGGGAGGGGAAGCGCGGAGGUCGGUGGGUUUCCCCAGAGCGCUCGGUCGUUGCCUUCCUGCCCUGCCCUGCCCUGCCCUCUCCUCCGGUUUUGGUUUGAGUUCGGUUGCAGUGAGCGUGUGUUGGCGGAUCAUGGCGUGUGGGGCCACACUGAAACGAAGCGUCGAGUUUGACGCGCUGCUCAGCCCUCAGUCUCAGUCCCCGAAGCGGAGGCGGUGUAUGCCUUUAACAGGCCCCGGCACUGGGACACCAUCGCCCCAGAAGUACCUGAAGACCGAGCCGGCGGCCUUCGGCGGAGAGAGUUCCUCAGCCCAUCGACUCACACCAGAACAGAUAUUUCAGAACAUCAGGCAAGAAUAUAGCCGCUUCCAAUGGAGGAGACAGUUAGAAGGAAGUUUUAAUCCAAGUGAGGCAAACAGUUCUGUUGAAGGAUCAUCUAAUACUUUGUUACUAAAUGCACCAAGCUCACCAGGGACGUUAUCUAAGAAAGACCAACCUUUGUUCACGUUACGACAGGUUGGAAUAAUCUGUGAGCGCCUGCUUAAAGAUCAUGAAAGCAAGAUCCGGGAGGAAUAUGAACAAGUUCUGAACACAAAACUUGCAGAACAAUAUGAUGCUUUUGUGAAAUUCACACACGAUCAGAUUAUGAGACGAUAUGGAGAACGACCUGCUAGUUAUGUGUCCUGAAGCAUUUUGUGAUUGAACGGGUGUUGGCUUUCACCUCAAGUCAGCUGCUGUACUUAAUGAGAACUAAUUUUGGUGCCAUGUUUUACCCACCUUCUACUUGAGGGAUUUUAACUUUUCACUGCUGGCCCACCCUACCUCUUGUAAAAUGAAACAAAAAGACAAAAAAAAUCUGACUUUACCAGGCAUUGUGCUAUCAGUACAGAGAUUUGUCUACUUUCCACUGCUAACUCUGCUACUGUGAGAAUAACCUGCCAUUUAUUUCCAGUUCAAGAAGCUGAAUACCAAGCAACAGUUAAUCUGCUUUUAAGAAGUGGCACUGAAUAUGGGAUUGUUACCGUGCAAACCUUUUGAAAGGAUUAAAGUUCUGUCACAAGUGAUUAAUCUGAAUUUUGAACAUCAUUAAAGUAUAAAUUUCAGUUUCUCUGUAUUGAUCUGAAAAAUGCAGUGCACUACAGUAAUAUUGCAGAAAUCUCCAUUUUUUUUGUAGAAUUUUUAAUUCAGUGGAGCAUUGUUACCUGUCAGCAACAGAUACCUGUAACACUGUUACUACACAGUAAGUGGGAUGUGUAUAUCCAAUCUAGUCUUUGAAUUCAAAGUUUCAACUGGAAACCUCCAAAUCGCGCACACAACCUGGUCUGAAGCAAAAAUUGACUGAGGCAGAAAUAUAAACAUCCAUGGCUCACUGUCCAGACACAUGAAACGUAUACUUGUGAAAGUCACGAGAACAAUGCUAAAACCUUUUAUGGUCUCAUAUUAGGAAUGCAUGAUAUGUCAGGGAUCUGUUUAUUUCAAAUUUUCUUCUGAAAGUAGAAAAGCCAGUAAUCAUUUAUGAAUGGUACAAAGGUUUAAAAUGGGUGAAACCAUCUUUUCUUAAAUAGUCCUGUUCUUGGUUUAAACUCAGUUUUGUAGAAUUUGUCUGUUUGAACAAUAGUAUUUUUACCUGUUGUACCAAGAGUUUAGAUUGGCUUUCAAUCUUGUUUCAUCAUUUUGGCAAUUAAAUAGGACUAAGAUUACUUGAGCUGGCUCUUUAAAGAGUUGCAUAAAUUGAAUUUUUAAUUUUAAAAUGAUUCUAAAUCUCACUAAUUGAGAGCAUUGGCCUUUAGCUCAGCGAAUAUAACAUUUGUACAAUUCUGUUUUGAAGUGCACAUAUGAUCACAAAAUGGAUUAGAUCAUGGGCUGAGAUUCAGAAACUGGUCUAUUUGGGAAAUAAAUUGGCUUGUGCUGGACUCUUAAUUUGCAUAUUCAAUCAAAUGAACUUAAAUCUAGAUGCUUUUGAUAUUCUGUCUGCUGGCUACAACAUCAACUUUAUAGAUCUUCCCUCUCAUUUAACAAGUUGCAAAUCUGUAAGGACAAGCAGUGGCAUUUUUUUUAAACCUACGCUGUUAGAACAAAUUGCAAUGAAUGUUUGUUUUUAAAGCAUCCUAACCAAAAAGUGCAACUUCACUGUUGUCUUUGUAUGUUUCUUACCCUGUGUGGUGUUAACAAGCUUAGUUUUAAAGAAAAUUUUGAAAAAUAUCUGAACUGGGCAUCUGUUUAUACCCAGCUUUUGAUUUGAACAUUUGAGGAUUCCACAUUCCCUAUUUAUUCUCUUUGAAAAUUGAUUUUGUAACCUAUAUUAGUCUUGCAUUUGCUUGUUUGCCUGAGUUUUGUUUCCUAGUUAUGAUUUCAGAUGACUUGUAUUUAAUAAAUCUAGAGUGGCCUUAUUAACAUAAAUGAUGUUUUGAGAUUAUAGCAUUGUCAGAACUAAGGAUGCACACUGAUGCUUUUAUAAAACUUGGCUACUACGUAGAAUAUGGAGGUUGCUAUAACAGUUAUGCACUCUCCUAGUUAAGAUCCUACACCUAACGUGAUAAUCGUUAUUCAAGGAAUCAGUAUAGUUAAAUUCUUGGAAGUGAGUUUGUAGUCUAGAGACAAUGUUUUGUCAGUUCUUUCCUCCAGUUGUAGGUAGUUUUAAAAGCAUACAGUUGCACUAGUUGGUUACACUUCACAAUAUAAAUUUAAUUUGGACAGAAUUGCAGACUUUAAUUAAAAAUUGGAAAUUUAAUAAUUACAUCUGUACAUAGAACGAUUAUAACUUGGUUCAGCUAAAGGUAACUAAUUGAACUUUGGCUCUGCUCAUUAGAAAUAAAUGGCUCAAGGCCUGGACAAUUAAUUUAGUGACCACAAUUGAGCUGUUCAGUUUCAUCUUAGAUGGGGUGAUGAUUGAGGAAAGUGCAUUUUCAAAUGAUUUUGUACAUUGACAGGCUGAAUUGUUUGAGAUGCUUGUCCUUUCAAAACUUGCCAACAUUUUGAUGUUUCCAACUCUCAUCUAAAGCUCGAGUACUUUUUUUUUUAAAUAUCCCAUCACGUUAAAUAGAACUGAUUCUGAAGUCACCUUUUUUUAAUUGGAGUAAAGUGGCUUUCGUUUUCAUGACUCAUUAGUGUUUAAUCAGGUUGAUUUCAAGUCCUAGCUUUAAAUAAACUCCCACUACCAGUGCCUUCCAUUCAACAGUAACUCUACAUUAUAUAUAUUUUGUCAACUUUUCAUGGAAAGUAAAAGAAAGUCCUCUGCCUGAACUACUUGGUCAAAGACGAGAGAAAUCUUUUCUCUGGAAUCUCCCAUUUCUUCGCACUGCACUAAAGGACACUGAUUUCAAAUUUUUACUAUAGAAAAGGCAAAAAUGGAAGAUAUUAAUUUAUUGAAUGGAGUGUGAUGUACUAACUAACAUUUGUUGUAAGCAAAGAUCACUCAAAACGUGAUCUGUUUUCCAAAAGUGGUAUAUCAGCUAAUCUUGGUGUGGGUGGAGAAGGCAGGAGAAAAGCAGAGGAAAAGCAUAAGUUGGCUAAGUUUGAACAAAUCUUGAGUGAUAGUAAAGCAUGUUUGUUUCUCUCUCUGUGCGUGUGUGUAUGUGUAUUUUGGGAGGAAAGCUUUCCUACAAUCUUGUCAAUCCUGUUUUAAAAGUCUUCCCUGUCUGAUUCUUUUGUUUGCCUUAUCUUCCCUGAGUAUUAUAAAUUGAAGUUGAGUUAUUAAAUAUCUAGCUGGUUUUUGGCAGUAUAUAGUACUAGCUCAUUCCUGUUACAUUAGAAUAUCCAGAAAAUUUGCUGAAUAUAAAUGACAGAAUAGAGGUCAAAAUUAAAACCUGUGUGAAUCUCAAUUUUUUAGAAGGUUUAAAAUUAGUCUGUGCUUAGAACAGGUUAGUUUGGCCAUGAUGUCUAUUGCAACAUAAAUUGAAAAUCCCUGAAAUUUAGGUUUUAAAUGAGCAGAGGACACAACUUGUUCUAAUUGCACGCACUCAUGAGAGAUUCUGAAAUCAUCCUUUUAUAUUCAUGUGCUUCUCUAACAAUUACAGGACAGUUAGUGACAAGGCUAUUGACUCUCUGCAAAGCAAAUGUUCUUGCCCAUUGAGGUAAUAUUUGCUAAUUGCUGAAGUGUUCUGUGUAUUAGAUGUAUUGUUUGUGGAUACUGCAUCUCCUUUGUUUUACUUCAUUAAAUGCCAUUUUGUUUUAUUGAACUCAUUAAAUAAAUACAAAUAUCAA